AUGGGAAACUGUAACGCAUGCGUAAGACCGGACGAGAGUCCGGAAAGUAAACCGAACCGGUCUGAGCAGAACCAGAAGGGAAAGAAAAAGGCCCGGGAAAGGAAACCGAACCCGUUCGCCGACAGAGUCGCCUCGCCGGCUCCGAUCCGAGUACUGAAAGACGUGAUCCCACUGAGUCACCGAACUCGAAUUUUCGACAAAUACAUCCUCGGCCGGGAGCUGGGGCGAGGCGAGUUCGGGAUCACUUACCUCUGCACGGACAAGGAAACGCGGGAAGCCCUCGCGUGCAAGUCAAUCUCCAAGAAGAAACUCCGGACAGCCGUAGACAUCGAAGACGUCCGUCGCGAGGUCGCCAUAAUGUCGACGCUGCCGGAACAUCCGAAUAUCGUGAAGCUGAAAGCCACGUACGAGGACAAUGAAAACGUUCAUUUGGUUAUGGAGCUUUGUGAAGGCGGGGAAUUGUUCGACAGGAUUGUGGCGAGAGGGCACUACACGGAACGCGCGGCGGCGAACGUGGCGAAGACGAUAGCUGAGGUGGUUAGGAUGUGCCACGAGAGUGGUGUUAUGCAUAGAGAUUUGAAGCCUGAGAAUUUUUUGUUCGCUAAUAAGAAAGAACACUCACCGCUAAAAGUGAUCGAUUUUGGGCUGUCUGUGUUUUUUAAGCCUGGCGAAAAGUUUUCCGAGAUCGUGGGGAGUCCAUAUUAUAUGGCCCCUGAAGUUUUGAAACGAAAUUAUGGACCAGAGGUUGAUGUAUGGAGUGCUGGUGUGAUCCUUUACAUUUUGUUAUGUGGGGUUCCUCCCUUUUGGGCAGAGACUGAGCAGGGUGUUGCUCUUGCGAUUUUGAGAGGGGUCAUUGAUUUUAAGAGGGAACCUUGGCCACAAGUUUCAGAUAGUGCUAAGAGUCUUGUAAGGCAGAUGUUAGAAUCGGAUCCUAAGAAACGAUUGACUGCUCAACAGGUGCUCGAACAUCCCUGGUUGCAAAAUACUAAGAAAGCUCCGAAUGUUCCAUUGGGAGAUAUUGUGAGAGCCAGGCUCAAGCAGUUUUCAGUGAUGAAUAGAUUUAAAAAGAAGGCUUUAAGGGUAAUCGCAGAGCACUUAUCAGUAGAAGAGGUUGAAGUAAUCAAAGACAUGUUCACAUUGAUGGAUACGGAUAAUGAUGGGAAAGUUUCAUACGAGGAGCUGAAGGCCGGGCUUCGGAAGGUUGGUUCUCAAUUAGCUGAACCAGAGAUGAAGAUGUUAAUGGAAGUGGCUGAUGUUGAUGGAAAUGGAGUAUUGGACUACGGGGAAUUUGUAGCAGUGACAAUUCACUUGCAGAAAAUGGAAAACGAUGAGCAUUUCCGCAGAGCAUUUAUGUUCUUCGACAAAGAUGGCAGUGGAUAUAUUGAACUCGAUGAGUUACGGGAUGCAUUAGCUGAUGAAUCUGGUGAAACUGAUGUUGAUGCACUGAACGACAUCAUGCGUGAAGUUGACACCGACAAAGACGGGCGAAUCUGUUAUGAUGAAUUCGUUGCCAUGAUGAAAGCUGGUACCGAUUGGAGAAAAGCAUCAAGGCAGUAUUCAAGAGAGAGGUUCAAGAGCUUGAGUCUUAACUUGAUGAAAGACGGUUCCUUGCAGCUCCACGAUGCAGUUACCGGUCAAGCCGUCGCUGUUUGAGUUGCUUCACGGAAUGGCAUUUAGGUUCAAGUUUAACAGUGAGCUUUUCGGUGGAAGACAUUAAUUCUUCCGUAACAUGUUUACAUCGCCGGCUUUGGUUGUUGUCUUUUUUGCUGCUGCAUGAAGUGUGCAUUGAUCGGUUAAAGUUGUCAGCUGCCAUGUUAAGUGGAUUAUUUGUUCUUUUCUAGAGUUGAUCAUACUCCAUCCAUGUUCAGGUACGGGUCUGGAGUAUGAUUCUCCGAAUUUACCAUAUCUUUGUUGAACACUCACUCGCAUCCGAGUCCGACAGACGUAGGUUAGGUGUCCGUAGAAUGUGAAGGGCAUGUCGGUAUAUAUAUAUGUAUGUAUGUAUUUUCAUGUCUAUGUUUGAUGAUUGUUUUGUUUUAGUAUUAUGUGCAGCAUGUAGUGUAGGAGGUUGUCUUUGACAAAUGGCAUUAUAAAGAUGUUUCAAAUCUUUGUUUUUUGGUA